AUGCCACCAUCAACUACAGGUCCCAAGAAGGAGGUGCUCAUUGGUAAGCAGAUCAUCAUCAUCCACUGUCCAAUUCCGACUAGGCUCCGCCCCCUCGGCCCCCGCCUGAGCUCUCUCUGCCCCUGUCCGCUCGUCGCGUUCCCCCGAUGGACUCACUAACACUUCCCCUCUCUGAUCUAUCGAAUCUGCUCCAUAGUCGGCACAGGAGCCGUCGGAGCCUUCUACGGAUCCCGUCUCCAGACGUCGCUCUCCUCGGUCUCGGUCACGUGCCGUUCCAACUACCAAUCCGUUUCCACCUCGGGCCUCGAGAUGCAAACCCAUUCCUUCGGCAACUACCACUUCACCCCGGACCUCGUCUUCCCUUCCCUGCCCGCCGCUGCUUCAGCCGACGUCGAAUGGGAUUACAUCGUCGUCGCGACCAAAGCUCUUCCUGACGUCUUGGACGACUCGGAAUUGAUCGCUCCUCUCCUGAAAACCUGUCCCGAAGCGACGAUCGUCCUGAUCCAAAAUGGCGUAGGCGUCGAAUCACCUCAUCGCCAGAGGUUCCCCCACAACGUCGUCUUGAGCGCCGUGACCGUCGUCAGUGCGCAGCAAACCCAACCGGGCGUGAUCAAGCAGAAUCGCUGGACGCGCAUCUCGAUCGGGCCUUUUGUCGGCGAUGAGAGCAAUACGGCGUUGGGGAAGAAGAGCCAGGAGAGGUGCAAAGAGUUUGUCGAAUUGUUGAAGCAUGGUGGGAUCGAGGAUGCCGAAGAGUACGAUGAGAGGGGCUUGCAGCUCGUCAGGUGGCACAAGUUGGCUGUGAGUUCACACCACCUUGGACGAGCAGCGCCUGGAUGACGACACCCAAGAACCCAUCCUGACCCUACCUUUCUCCUCAGAUCAACGCCUCGAUGAACCCCUCCUCGGUCCUAGCCGGCGCAACAGGCAACGCCCGCAUGUCCCUCGACCCCGAACUCCGUCUCCACCUCAAAGGCUGCAUGAACGAAAUCUUCCACACCGCCCCCAAAGUCCUAGGACGAGACUGGCCCCCCAAGUUGAAAAAGGUCGAUGCGGACAUGAUCCUCAAGAGUUCGGAGAGGAAUACGGAUGGGUUGCCGAGUAUGUUGGUCGAUUGGAUCGAAGGCAGACCGAUGGAGAUUGAGGUCAUCUUGGGCAAUCCGGUCAGUCCUUUACAACGAAAGGGAAGGACGAUUGACCCUCUUAAAAUUUUCGGCCUGUUUUAACUGACCGAUGAACUCACCUUUUUGUGCAGAUCCGCAUCGCGAGGGAGAAAGGGAUCGAGAUGCCGAGAUUGCAGAGUCUGUACGCUUUGCUCAAGAUGGCGGCGACAAGGCGGGCGGAAGAAGCAAAGAAGGCCAAGCUUUGA